AUGGAAAAUUAUAAUCAAACGUCAACUGAUUUCAUCUUGCUGGGAUUGUUCCCACCAUCGAGAACUGGCCUUUUCCUCUUGGCACUCACUAUGCUCAUCUUCCUACUGGCUUCCUUUGGCAACCUGUCCAUGAUCCUGCUCAUCCUCAUGGAUGCCCGACUCCACACACCCAUGUACCUCCUCCUCAGUCAGCUCUCCCUCAUGGACCUCACUUACAUCUCCACCACUGUCCCGAAGAUGGCUUCCACUUUCAUCCUGGGAAACAARUCAAUCUCCUUCACUGGAUGUGGGGUUCAGAUCUUCCUCUUCCUCACUCUAGCAGGUGCAGAGGGACUGCUGCUGGCAUCUAUGGCCUAUGACCGUUUUGUGGCAAUUUGCUUUCCUCUCCACUAUCCCAUCYGCAUGAACAAAAGAGUGUGUACGCUCAUGAUAUUGGGGUCUUGGAUGAUGGGCUCUGUCAACUCCUGUGCUCACACUGUAUAUGCUCUGCAUAUC